AUGAAAACUCAAGCUGCAUGCAAUCCUCUUUUAAAAAUUAAAACGCUCUGUCAAUCAACAGAUUUCUUGAAUUUACAAAACCCUCCGGUCCCUAACACUCAUCCUUUUGAAUUAGAAUACCAUUCGAAAUAUUAUACUUAUCAUAAAGAUAAAAAAUCGGCCCCUCCUCCUCCUCCUCCACCACAACCACAGAAAAAUGCCAAGUCACUAAACAACCCUCAGCAAACUCAAGAUAUGCCAACAUUGGCCUCAUUUAGAAGACAUUCCUUCUCCUAUGAAGAUUAUAAAAAUAACAUCUACAAUAAAUCAAAAUUGUUCCACACGUGA